AUCAUUUGUUUUAUAAAGUUUACAAAGAAAGUUCGUCGCAGUUUGCUGCGUUCGUUGCGAGAAAAACUGGAAUUUUUCUUUGGGUACUUUUUGUUUAAAAUAAAAUUUCCUUUAUAAAUUAAAAAGCUAUAAAAAUUAUUUGCACAAAAUAACAAAAAGAAAAUAAAUUGCAUAAAAAGCAAAAUUUUAAAAGCAGUGUAUGAAAAAAAAAACGUGCAAGUGUUAAAAGAAAAAGAAUUUUAGUUAAAGGAAAAAAAAAUUAUAAAGUUAAAAAUUGAAAUUUAGUUUUCAAAGUGUAAAAGUUCACAAAUUAAAAGGAAAAUUGAAUUAAAGUUGAAGAAAAAAGAAAAUUUCAACGUAAAAUACGCAAUUACAAAAUUUUAGCAACGAAUUAUUAACAAAUUUAUACCAAUAACAUUAAAAUAAACAAAAAUAUACAAUUUUCCAUAAAAGCUUUUGAAUUUAGUUUAUUUCUCUUCCUACACUACCUCUCUAUCGUGCUGCUGUUGCUGCUAGCAGUCUUCUGCUUUUUCAGUUUCUCCCCUUAGUCUUCUUUCAUUAUGGAUUCUGAUGAAGAUUCCUUUGAAAUAGAUAAUGUUGAUUCCGGUAAUGUUUCUUCCGGCGAUGAGGGUGAUGAUGAUUUUCCUAUGGAUGAUAUACCUUCGGUACACGAACGUCAAGCCGAUAAUGAUGAGUACAAUUAUGAAGUCUAUACAACAGAUGAAAUUGUUUUACAUCAACGGGAGAUAAUCGAUGAAGUUAAAAUUGUUUUAAAGCUCCCUCCAACCAUAACACGAAUGCUAUUAAAUCAUUUCAAAUGGGACAAAGAAAGACUUUUAGAAAAAUAUUUCGAUGGCAAUGUAGAGGAUUUAUUUAAACUGGCACAUAUUGUGAAUCCCUUCAAUAAACCAGCCAAUGCUAAUAAACAAAAGAAUUCAAAAAAUACUGCAGAAGAAUGUGAAAUUUGUUUCUCACAAUUGCCCUCAGAUUCCAUGGCUGGUUUGGAAUGCGGUCAUCGUUUCUGCUUAACCUGCUGGCGUGAAUAUCUAACAACGAAAAUCGUUACCGAAGGUCUAGGUCAAUCGAUAUCGUGUGCAGCUCACGGCUGUGAUAUUUUAGUGGACGAUGUAACCGUAACAAAACUGGUAACAGACCCCCGGGUACGUGUUAAAUACCAACAACUCAUAACAAACUCUUUUGUCGAGUGCAAUCAAUUGUUACGCUGGUGUCCGUCCGUUGAUUGUACCUACGCAAUCAAAGUGGCCUACUAUGAAUCACGGCCAGUGCGUUGCAAAUGUAAUCAUGAAUUCUGUUUUGCUUGCGGCGAAAACUGGCACGAUCCGGUCAAGUGUCGUUGGUUAAAGAAGUGGAUUAAGAAGUGUGACGAUGAUUCAGAGACAAGCAAUUGGAUUGCGGCCAACACCAAAGAGUGUCCCAAGUGCAAUGUAACGAUUGAAAAAGACGGCGGCUGUAAUCAUAUGGUCUGCAAGAAUCAAAAUUGUAAACAUGAUUUCUGUUGGGUUUGUUUGGGUUCAUGGGAGCCGCAUGGUUCGUCAUGGUACAAUUGCAAUCGUUACGAUGAAGAUGAAGCCAAAGCAGCACGUCAUGCUCAAGAGAAAUUUAGAUCAUCAUUAGCAAGAUAUUUACAUUAUUAUAAUCGUUAUAUGAAUCAUAUGCAAUCUUUAAAAUUUGAAAAUAAAUUGUAUGCCUCUGUUAAACAUAAAAUGGAAGAAAUGCAACAACAUAAUAUGUCAUGGAUUGAAGUGCAAUUUUUGAAAAAGGCCGUUGAUAUUUUAUGCCAAUGCCGUCAAACACUCAUGUAUACGUAUGUUUUUGCGUAUUAUUUGAAAAAGAACAAUCAAUCAAUGAUAUUCGAAGAUAAUCAAAAAGAUUUAGAAUCUGCCACUGAAAAAUUAUCAGAAUAUUUGGAACGUGAUAUAACAUCAGAAAAUUUAGCUGAUAUUAAACAAAAAGUUCAAGAUAAAUACAGAUACUGUGAAAAAAGGCGUAAAGUACUUUUAGAUCAUGUACAUGAGGGCUAUGAAAAAGAUUGGUGGGAAUAUUUGGAAUGACGAGAUAUUCCAUCAACGGCUCGUAAGCGAUGUAGUGGUAAUAAAUUCAAAAGAAAUUCAUUAUAAUUAUAAAAAAACAACAAAAAUAAUAAUUUAAACAGAAACCACACAUUUUACUAUAAAAAAAAAAACAAACAAAAAACCCCAAAAAAAAUCUAAAAAAAAAACUUAAAUAUAAAACAAAAUAUAAUAGUUAUUAAACAAAAAAACAAAUACAACAAAACGCCAACAAAAAUAUUAAUUAUUAUUACAACAAUUAAUAAGUUUUUUUUGGUCCUUUUUAAAAACAUAACAAAAGAAAAAGAAUUUUAAAACCUGAAAUUAGAAAAUGAAAAAAAUUUGAAAGUUAAAAAAGAAAAAAUCACUUGGUUAAGAAACUUUGGUGGUUUAUUAAAAUUAAAUGUUAUAAAUAUUUAAACUCAAAUUGAGCUGCGCAGGUCCUUUAAAUAACUCAUUAAUGCUUAGCAUUAUUUAAAUUUAAAUUAUUUCGAAAAUUAUUUAGCAAAAACCAAGUGAUUUAGAAUAAAAUUUGUUAUUAAAAAAAACUGGCGAAUUAAGCAAAAGCAAACAAAAGAAACUUAAAUUAAAGCUUAAAACAUAUUUUAUUAUUAUUAA